UUUUUCUAAUGUGAAUGUCAAGUAAGAAGAAUCCCCACGGGCUCUGCCGAUAUUACUCACUGAAACUGACUCUUUCUUUCACAGCACUGUCAAUUUUGUUUUCGUCUUCCUCACUCUCACUCUGGUUGAUGAUGAACGGCGGAAAGAACAGGUUCCCUUUUACUCCAUCACAGUGGCAAGAGCUCGAACAUCAAGCCCUUAUUUUCAAGUACAUGGCUUCAGGCAUUCCCAUUCCUCCUGAUCUUGUCUUCUCCAUCAAAAGGGCCUCUCUUAACUCUCCUCUUUCUUCAAGGCUCUUGUCCCUCCCACCUCAACACUUUGGGUGGAACUAUUUGGAGAUGGGUUUGGGAAGAAAGAUAGACACGGAACCAGGAAGGUGCAGGAGAACAGAUGGGAAGAAAUGGAGAUGUUCCAAAGAAGCUUACCCAAAUUCCAAGUACUGUGAGAGACACAUGCACAGAGGAAAUAACCGUUUGAGAAAACCUCUGCAGCAACAGCAACAAGGCUUUAGAACAACGUUAACCUCACCAACUAACCAUACAAAUUCCUCAACAGUCACGAAAAGCAACAUUCCUCCUCCUUCACUCUCCCUCACCACUCAUUCCUCAUCUCUCACACCUCUCUCUGAUGCCACCCACAAUCAUUCCUUCCUCUAUAAUCAUCAGCAUCCUUCAAGGUCGUCUUCAUCAUCGGCUUUUGGCUUCUCUUUACAAGAUGAUUGUGCCUCUCACUUUAGGAAUAGUGGUUAUGUUUAUGAUGGACUGAAAGAAGAGGUAGACGAGCAUGCUUUCUUCAAAGAGCCUUCUGGGACCAUGAGAAGCUUCUCUGCUUCAUCAAUGGAAGAUUCUUCAUGGCAUCUCGCGCCACUCUCAAUGAGCUCAUCGUCUUCUUCCUCGAAGCAGAGGAGCUACUCUGGUUUGUCCACCGAGUACUCUUCUUACUUGCAGCUUCAGAAUCAGAACCUUGGUGAAUGUACGAACCAGCAAGAUCAAGAUUACUACAUGCUGGGACUGAGGAAAUCAGAAGAGCCUCAGAAUCAGAAGACCGUUCAUCGCUUCUUCGACGAAUCGCCCAACAAAAGCAAAAACUCGUGGCUUGAUUGUGACGAUAAAUCGUCCACAACCCAGCUUUCAAUAUCCAUUCCCACCUCCUCUGAUGAUCACGACCAUUUUCCAAGCUUCAAUUUCAGAACCCGCCAAGAUGUUUGAAGUUUCAUGACUCGGGUCCCUGGAUCAAAAGGCCAAUAAUGUAGUUGAACUAGGUGGGGUUCAGACUCUGGAAUGUGCUUAAGUGCAGAUGUAAUGGAAGUGUCUCCAUGAAGGGAUCCAAUUUGUAAUGCAAAGAAAUGUUAAUGCUAAUUCUAAUUCUGAGUAGCUUUUUUAGUUCAGUUCUUUCCGCCAUUCAUAAUUUUCAAAAACCUUGUUUUCAUUUAGGUCACUUGACAAUAUUCAAUUCAAUGCCUUCUAGCUUUUAGCUGUUAUUGUUCGUU